GGCGCGUACUGAUGAUCUCAGGCUACUGCCAGCCAAUGGGGACGCUCGUUGACGUUUGGUUGGGAGCGCGCGCUGCCCGGGACUGUCUGAUGGUUGGUGCGCGCUCGGGUGACGCUGGUUUGCGCGGGAAAUUCUAUUCUGCUUCUCGGCUCGGUUCUGGACAGGCUCGUCCCGUAAUGAAUUGCUUUCUGUGACGGUGGUAUCCGGAGGGAUGGUCGGGAUACUCGCUAUGUCUGCUUCCCUGGAGGAAUAUGGGAGCCAGCCAUGCAAGAAAUCUAGAAAGGACGAGGAGGCUCCCAUCAAGACCAUCACAAAUUAUUUCUCACCAGUGUCCAAGAACCCAGAGAAGGUGCUUUCAUCUCCCAGGUCCAACAACAUAGCAGACUACUUUAAGCGGAAUUCUCCCACCAAUGAGAAGGAGCAGACACCAAAAGCAAAAAAAGCAGCUAUCCAGCAAGACAGCCUUCCGGCAGGCACGGUGGAUUGUGCAGGAGCAAGCAGCAAGCCUUCCAAGUGCAGGAAAAGGACUAAUUUAACGAGUAAUCUGAAGCCAGAAACUGAGUACGACCUUGGUGUGCAAAAGGGAAUCGACACAGAUCUGGACAGUGAGAAUGUUUGUGGGAAAACUGGCUUCAUGGGUAGUGAUACAGCAGCCUUGCUUGCUGAGAUCUGCAGUAACAAAGAAGAUCUUCAGUAUGGGGUUGUGGGUUCCACUGGUCCUGGUACCCCAGGGUCCAAGGAUGCUCUAAAUAAUGCUGCAUCUAAUAUGGAUCCAAAUAUUCCAUCUAAGUUAAGGAAACAGGCCAAAGCUAAAGGGGCACAGCCAAACAUAGUGCAGAGAAAGCAGGAUGAUGAGUUAGAGAAACCACUAGUUACUUCGGGCACAUCUCUGGAUAGCACAGGAAACACUAUGGAUUCAAGCCUUGCGGUAAAUGUAGGGGACAGCUUGCAUGGAAAGGACAGUGUUUUGGUUGUUUCUUUUGAAGAAUUUAUUAAAAAUCAGGGUGAAAAGGACACUGAAUCCAGUUUAGAGGGGAAAGAUAUAACACCCAAUCUUUCAAGUGAAGAUGUUCUGAACGAGAACCCUCUGAGAAAUGAAGAAUGGACCCGGAAGCCUUCUCCAAAAAUUGUAACUGUGCAUGCUCAGAUUCACAUGUCUCCACCACUGUCACAUUCAUGUUCAGCCACGGCAGUGCCAAAGAAAAUAGCUUCCAUCUUUUUGAAAAAAAAAGAUUCUGAGGUUGAAAAAAAGACAGUUGAGCUUGUUUCUGAGCAAGAGCCUGUUGAUCUCAUAGUCCAGAAACGGAAAUCAAACGUUGUUAUCCUGGAGGAUGAUCUGCAGUUAGCAGUGGUCGAAGUGGAAAACCUUGAUGACGCUAAACAAAAGAGCACAGUUGUGGAAAGACAGCAAUUUAUGAAAGCUUUCAGGCAACCUGGGGAAGCAGGGAAAAGUGUUGUGAAGAAAUCUAUCCCCAAAAACAAGAGUCUUGUUGAAAUUCCUGCACAAGAGGGGCUUGAUGAGGGGCAACAGAGUACCUUAGACAAUAAUGUAGGAACCGAAGGGCAUCAAAUCAAAGAGGGUGCUGAUGAUCAAGAAGAAAUCCCAAAAUCAAAAGAUGCAGUGGGGAUUAAGAAGAAAUCUAUUUCAAAGAAUGCAGGAAAAACUACUCCUACACUGAAAUGCAAAAAGCUUAAAGAGCCCAGCAGUGUCGCUUCUACAGCUAGUGGCAACCUGAGAAGAAGUUCAAGGCUUAACACAUCUGAAACACCUGCUCUAAAGUCACCUGUCAAAGGACAUUCUACAAAUGACCUUCCUUUACAAAUGACCACACCAAAAGGGAGAAUCCCCUGCCAGAAAAGUGAUAUUUGCUUGGCAGAAGUCAUUAGUACACCCACAAAGACAAAUAGUCCAAUACGAAUGAGAUUUACCCACCUGAGUAUCAGAGCUAGGGAAAGAAAUCAAAGCCUUGGGGCAGAUAAUCUGUUCACCCGAAGAAGUAACAUGGUUUUGACUAAUUCCAAAAAAAUAAACAAGGCAAAAAAGUUGCUUGAGAAAGCAAAAGCCAUUCAGCAGAAUAUCGCCAAGCCUGAGACCGCGAGGAGGCUGUCGGCAAGACAAGCGGCCCGUGCUGCAGACAAGAAAGUCUUGCAGGAAUCCAUAUUAAUUGUGGAUGAUUGCCCCUGUGAAGUGGGAAAGAAAAACAGUCUAAGGAGUUUAAAUGAUGUGUUGGGAAAGAAGGAGAAAAUUCAGAAAACCGCAAGUAUAUCCAUUGGGCAAAGUAAAUCUCCUGGGAAAAAACUGAAGAAGCAUCCUUCAAUCACAGUCAUCGAUGAAGGACCAGAAAUCUCUGAAAACUCUGUUGAUGAAGAGCAGUUCCGAACAAAACGGGAAUUCCUCAUGAGUGGUUUGCCAGACUCCUUAAAAAGGCACAUUGCAAAAACCACAGCACUUAUGGAGGCAUACGCUCUGUCUGGCUCUUCCUUUCAGGCAGUAGUACAUGUGCAGCAAAGAGAUGACUGCCGAAUGUGGGACAUGACUUUUCCUCCCUGCCCUCAUCUCAAUUACUUAGUUGACCACAAUCCUGCUGUGCCUGAUAUUGCCAAGCUGACCCUGUCUCUUGGCGAGUUCACCUCUGUGAAGGUCAAGCCUGCCGUCUGCAUGGCUCCUAUUAUGGUGAAUAAAAGGUUGGUGUUAUCUGAUGCAGCAAGAGACUUACUUUUAGAGGAAAUUCACUUUAGUAAUCCUAUGUUUCCUGCGAAGAGGUUUCUCUCCAUAUUUCUUAAAAAGCAAAGUGAUGCAGUUGCCCUUCUGGACUCUUACAAACCAGGAUUUCAGUCUCAACUAACAGAAGCAGUUUUUCCGGAGACUGAAACUCGGGGCAAGAGGAAAAGAAAAGAUUCUCCUGGCAAUAAGUCAAAAAGAAAAAGAUCUGAUGGGAAAGCCGAAGAGCAGAAUGAAAUCUACGAUUUAACAUCCACUCCAGAUGAGGCUUCCUCACAACCUAGUACCACAGCUGAGAUUUGUGGUCUUGUUCAAAGGCAACAAAAGUAUAAAACUACCUCCGAGCUGGAUAUACGUUCCCAGGAUAUGAAAUCUGCUUCUAUAGAUACCAUCUGUGACGAUGUUCUGUGGACAGAGAAGUAUCAGCCCCAGAAUACUUGUGAAAUGAUUGGCAAUUCUGCCGCCAUUCAGCAGUUACACAGCUGGCUUAAAGAUUGGAAAGUCAGAGCUGAAAAAGACGAAAGAAUGCAGAUGCAAAAGAAAGAGAAAGAGAAGUCAGACACAUGGGAGCAGAGUGACUUUAUGACAAUGGACUCUGAUAGUGAAGAGGAGUCUCUGUGUAACACUGUACUUAUCACUGGUCCUCCUGGAGUUGGUAAAACCGCAGCGGUAUAUGCAUGUGCCCAAGAGCUUGGCUUCAAGGUAUUUGAAGUUAACGCGUCCUGUCAGCGCAGUGGAAGGCAAAUCUUGGCACAGCUAAAGGAAGCUACCCAGUCACACCAAGUGGAUCAGCAAGGGGUCACUGCCCACAAACCAUGUUUCUUUAGCAAUUUCAGCUCCACAAAGUCUCCCAGAAAACUAAACUCACCAAAGAAUGUAGUUUCAUCCCCAAGAAAACCGCCAGCCUCACCCAGAGGCACAGGACUUAGAAAGGGGCUGGCACCCAAGUCUCUGGCAAAUUUCUUCAAACCGCCUGCUAAUAAGAGAACUGAAGAGAAACCCAAUGCUGCAGAGACUUCCAAAGGGGUUGGGAAGGGUGUGUUUGGUCUUGGGGAAGUUGAAACCAAGCCGAACAAGAGUCAAGAUGCAGCUACAGAAAAAGAGUCUGGAUUGGAGGAAAAACAUCGAAAAACAGCAACAUCACUUAUUCUAUUUGAAGAGGUAGAUGUAAUAUUUGAUGAUGACGUUGGAUUUUUGAGUGCAAUCAAGACUUUCAUGAGCACCACAAAACGGCCGGUGAUUCUCACCACAAGUGAUCCUACAUUUGGGUUAAUGUUUGAUGGCUUCUUUGAACAUAUUCACUUUAAAACCCCUUCAGUGACCAAUGUUGCAACUUACCUGCAAGUUCUUUGCUUGGCUGAAAACCUUAGAACAGAAACAAAGGAUUUUAUAACAUUUGUAUCUGCCAAUAAGUGUGACAUCAGGCAGAGCCUUCUCCAUCUUCAGUUUUGGGCCGGUAGUGGCGGAGGUAGAUUGGUGGAAAAGUCACUGCAACUCUGUGGCCAGGAGAGUGGCCCAAAUGCCGAGGGCCUAAAUAACCGGGCUGAGCUUAUUGAGCUCCCAAAAUGCAACAUCGGCUGCACAGAGAAUUUCAUGGGUCUCAAUAACAUUAUUUCACCCACAGACGGCCUUUUGUCAUUUAUAAAGAAUAACGUUCCCCAGACACAAGAAAGAAAUGUGCUCCAGCAAUUGCUUACUGAAUUCCAGAUGAACAAUGUGUAUUUCACACUGAGUAAUUUGGAAUUCCUACUUCCUCUGCCAGUUAAUGUUCAACUGCCAACUCUGGCCACCUUGCCUGAGAAUAUCCCAGCAGGGCUUGAGAAGAAAGGCAACGCUGAUGAGAGCCCAUUGAAAGUGUCAGCGCAGAUGAAAAAGAGAAAGAAGCUCCUAUUCUUAAACAAUAGUGAUUUGUAUGAUAGUGAUUCUGUUGAUGAAAUGCUUAACUUGGUAUCUGGUGUUCAAUCCCAAGAGGAGACAGGACAAGACCUUCCUGUAGCUGAUAGAGAGAAAUUAGGAGUACAGCCUGCCCCUCAAAAGCACAGACUCAGCCUGGAGGAGCAGAAAACCUCUCUGGUAGUAUACCACUGCCUGGGGUCACUUGCAGACUUUGUUGACAAUAUGUCCCAGAUAGAUUGCUGUACAUAUAAUCCCAGGGACCAAGCAGAUUUUUGCAACGCCAACUGGACAGAAAGUCAAAUAAAGGAUGGACUGUGUGAUGGACUGAGGGUAGAGACCAGGGACUGGAGCAACAGCCAGACCUCAGGGGAAGUCAGAGCAACCAUCGAAGCACUUGCUUUUCAAAAAUGUUUGUCGAAGCUCUCGGCAGCCAUUGAUACAUCGCUGGAAGCAUGCACAGCAUCCAGCCAUGACCUCAUGGAGGCACUCACUUUGCAUGUGUCUGAAGAGAGGGCUAAUGCCUGCUUCUGCCAGAGUGCAGCCAAUUCCAGUGUGGCAGAGAAGAGGCUGUCUGUAGUUAGGACAGUUCUGUCCAGCAGAUCCUUCUUAAGCUUGGGCAACAGGCAAGCCAAUGUAACAGAGUACCUUCCUGCUCUGCGCUGUAUCUGUCGCUUGCAACGGCUGAAAGAGCAAGAGAAGACUAAAAGAAGGUUUCUCCAUUAUUUUGAAGGCAUUCAUCUAGAAUUAUCUAAAACAACAGUGGGCAGCCUGGCAGCUGACUUUCCAUAAUGUAUUUAAUUAUAUAGGAACAAUUGAUGCUUCAUGGGAUCUGCAUUAGGCUAAGGUCACACUGGGCGAUAAGUCGCCCACGAUUUUUAAAAGAAAGUCGCAUCGACAAGGCGAUCGCCUUUGUGCUGAAGGAAAGUUUAGAGCGACUUUUACCAGGAAGCGAUUCUCAUCCCAUAGUACUGUGCGCUAAGUCUUGCCUUGCGUGUUUUGUUUGACUGUACUGGUGCGGCCUCUUGUAGCAUCUUGACGUCAGCGCGAAAAUUUCCUUAUUAUCAUGGCUACUAUUCUUUGUGUGUGUUUGUUUGUGGGAGAUUUCUGUGCUUCUCUAUGUAUAUGCUAUUUCUCACCUAUCGCUCCAAAAAGGGUCUCUGCACAUUUUAAAGCUACAGGCAAUCUCAAAUCAAGCUGUGUACAUAUUAGCUCACGAUUUGCAUGCACUGUGAUGUGUCGACAAAACGAACGUCUUCUCGACAGGACUCGCUUUUAAAAAUUGCAGGCGACUUAUCGCCCGGUGUGACCUUAGCUUUAGGGACAAAACAGUCUUUCUUGGGUGUCACUCAGAGCCUCUUGGGACUGCAUUUUCUUUGCCAGUUCUGUAGGUUCCUAUUUCUACAGUUCUCCAGCACCAAAAUAGCCUUUCUUGCAUACGUCCUUAUUUUGUAGUUUUUCUUUACUCAUUCUGGGUGAUGCCAAGUGCUUCCAGAAUUAAGGCUAUUCAUACAGAGCAUCUGUUGCCUCAAUUCAAUUUUCAAAACUAUCCAUGUGUUAUAACAUUAAGCUUUAUUCCCAAACUCACUGAACCAUGCGCACCUCACACAGGAUCUAUUUGCAGCAGCCCCAGACAGUGUUAUUAAAUAUAGUGUGGCAAUGUGUCUGUCCCUAUUAUACUCUGUAGGCCUAGUACAAAGAAAGCCUGGUCUCCUAAAUACAGCUGGAUGUGUACGGAUUCAACAUUCCAAGUUGGAAACUAAUAGUAUACAGUGUGCCUGGUGGGCGAAUGAUGAGAAGUUGUAAUAUACAGAGUGCACUAAAUGUGUAUAGGAAUGUAAAAACCCUUUGUACAGUAUAUAAAGCAGAUCCUGAGCUGGGAAACUGUAUAUUAUCCGACACACAAGUCUUGUAUCAUGCAAAUACAUUUUAUGAAAUCAUGUGCAGCCUUUUAAAUAAUAUUAAAUGUUUUACAAAAUAA